UUCUGCUCUCGCGAGAUCGUCGCGGACGCCGGGCUCGGGCGACCCGGGUUUCUGUGAAACAUGGCGGUCGGCUGGGACCGUAGCACUGGCAUGACUAUAUGAAGGAAGAGGAAGGUUUAUCUGAAGAUGAGGCGACUGAAUCGGAAAAAAACCUUAAGUUUGGUGAAAGAGUUAGACGCCUUUCCCAAGGUUCCUGACAGCUAUGUGGAGACAUCAGCCAGUGGGGGAACAGUUUCUCUAAUAGCAUUUACCACUAUGGCUUUAUUAACAAUAAUGGAAUUCUCAGUGUAUCAAGAUACCUGGAUGAAGUACGAAUAUGAAGUAGACAAGGAUUUUUCUAGCAAGUUGAGAAUCAACAUAGACAUUACCGUUGCCAUGAAGUGUCAGUAUGUUGGAGCAGAUGUACUGGAUUUAGCAGAAACCAUGGUUGCAUCUGCAGAUGGUCUAUCUUAUGAACCAGCAGUGUUUGACCUUUCACCCCAGCAGAGAGAGUGGCAGAGGAUGCUGCAGCUGAUUCAGAGUAGGCUACAAGAAGAGCAUUCCCUUCAAGAUGUGAUAUUCAAAAGCGCUUUUAAAAGUGCGUCGACGGCACUGCCGCCAAGGGAAGAUGAUCCAUCGCUGACUCCAGAUGCAUGCCGAAUCCACGGUCAUCUGUACGUCAAUAAAGUAGCAGGGAAUUUUCACAUAACUGUGGGCAAGGCAAUCCCACAUCCGCGAGGGCAUGCGCACUUGGCAGCACUUGUCAACCAUGAUUCUUACAACUUUUCUCACAGAAUAGACCAUUUGUCUUUUGGAGAGCUUGUUCCAGGGAUUAUUAAUCCUUUGGAUGGAACUGAAAAGAUUGCUGUAGAUCACAACCAGAUGUUCCAAUAUUUCAUUACAGUUGUGCCAACAAAGCUACACACAUACAAGAUUUCAGCUGACACCCAUCAGUUCUCUGUCACAGAAAGGGAACGUAUCAUUAACCACGCUGCAGGCAGCCACGGAGUCUCUGGAAUAUUUAUGAAAUAUGAUCUCAGUUCUCUCAUGGUGACAGUCACUGAGGAACACAUGCCUUUCUGGCAGUUUUUUGUAAGACUCUGUGGUAUUAUUGGAGGAAUCUUUUCAACAACAGGCAUGUUACAUGGAAUCGGAAAAUUUAUAGUGGAAAUAAUUUGCUGUCGUUUCAGACUUGGAUCCUACAGGCCCGUCCAUUCUGUCCCCUUUGAAGAUGGCCACACAGACAACCACUUACCUCUUCUAGAAAAUAAUACACAUUAGCACCUCCUGAGUGGAGAAAAACUUUUUGCCUGAAACAUGAAACCUUUUCUAAUAAUAAAAUGUUGUGCAAUAUAUUCAAAGAAAAGAAAAUAUGAGAACCUGGAAACAUACUUAUUUAAAAAAAGGAAAAAAAGGAUAAAAAAAAACCCAAAAAACAGCCAAGGAUAAAAACAAAGCGAAGUUGUCCUCUACGUGUGUGCCUGUUACAAACGUCCUAGAAGAAAUCAUGCAGCUAACUGGAGAGGCAGCCCAGCCAGAGUGCCAGGCGAAGACGCCCCCUAACGGACAGCACGGAGAACAGAGUCUAGAGGAUGGAAGCGAAACCGUGCUUAAAGAAAAGGGCAUUGAUACAUGCAAAUGUGUGUGUCCUUUGUUUUUAAAAGAUGUCAGAAUAAAAUGUGUAAAACAUA